UGUCACUAACAGUCUAUGGUUAACAUAAACAUUCAGUCCUCAACUAAAUAGGAAUAUCCAGACUUUUAUUUUGACAUCGGUAGUGAGUCAUCAGUUCAGACUGCACUGCAGCGAUGGCAUCCUCUGCAGAUGUCCACGUCCGAAUAUGUGAACAAGAAAUCAUCAAGUAUGAUUUAGAGAUAAAAGCUCUCAUUCAGGAUGUCAGUGAAUGCACAGGACCACAAAGUAAACUGACAGAUUUCAAUUUACAAGUAAAAGAAAAAUUCAGCAAUCUUAGACAGCGUAUUCAGGAUUUGGAGCAAAUGGGAAAAGAACAGGACAAAGAGUCUGACAAGCUGACGCUACUCAAUAAAGCAGAAGGACAUCGGAAACAGAUGCUUAGUAAUCAGACCGCUUGGAGGAAGGCCAAUCUUGCCUGUAAACUCUCCAUUGAUAAGCUAGAGAAGGAAGAUUUGUUAAAUUCAGAGGACAUGUCAAUAAGACACAGAAAGAUGACUAAAGAAAGCCUCGCUCAGACCUCCAGUGGCAUCACAGAGAGUCUGAUGAGCAUCAGCCGGAUGAUGGCACAGCAGGUCCAGCAGAGCGAGGAGACCAUGAGCACAUUAGCGACGUCUUCCAGGACGGUGCAUGAAACGAAUGAAGAGUUUAAAGCCAUGACAGGAACUAUACAGCUGGGCAGAAAGCUGAUCAUUAAAUACAAUCGACGGGAACUUACGGACAAGCUGCUUAUUUUCCUCGCUCUCGCGCUCUUCCUGGCUACAGUCUUGUACAUCCUGAAGAAAAGACUUUUUCCUUUCUUUUAAAUGCAGAGCAAUGAGUAGCCUAUGAUGCAUAAAGGAUAAAAGAAGAGAAAGGCACCUACAAGCCGUAAAACCUUUUUGCUUUCCUUGUGAAACUGUUGAUCAUGAAAAAUUUAUAUGACAAAGCGUUGACUGACGAAGCUAUUAAAGCAGCAACUAAUUCGUCUUAUCAUCUUGUAGGUGUCAUAAGUUAUUUUUAUACCAUAACAUGUUAAACCUGCUAAAUGCAUAUAUAUAACACUUUUUGUGCUUAACUAUAAAUUAUGCUUCAUAUAUUUAUGAUAAUGAUAAUGUUAGGUUUAAAAUGUUAGCUUGAAUGCAUUGUAAGUAGCUUUAGAUAAGUGUCUGCUACGUAAAUGCAUUAGUUUAAAUGUAAUAAUUAAGAGUACAAUAAAGAGAAAUUUUGUGAAGUACGGCAAAAA